UUCAUGUUUCUACCUGCUUCCUCUGACCGAUGGGCAGUGGUGGGCCCUUUUGCGCCCCACCCCGCCUCGAAAACUUUGACCGCCCCGCGGCGGCCAGGCUGGGCACGCCAGCGGGGCGGAGACCGCUGGGCCCUGCGAGGCGCGGCGCCCGCUUUGCUGCGCGCGCCCCGCGUGCUGGGCGGAGAUGCCGCCUCCCGAGGCGCGGGAGACUUGGCGGCGCGCGCCCCGCUCUGGUCGCUGGUCGGUGGCGGCGCCGGCGCCUGGCCGGAGGCCGCCCGCCGUGCCGCCGCCGCCCGCGCCGUUCGCGACGGAUCCCGCCGUGCAGUGGCGCCGCCAGGCUGGGCAGAUUCGUGGUGCUCGGCUUUACACUGUGUGCUCUUGUGGUCACUGGACUUGGGAUGACCUCCUGGCCAAGAGGCACAAUCUCUGCGUCGGGUGCCAGUCCCUGUGCCACCCGAUCAGCUCCUCUGUCGGCGGCGGCGGCCAGAUGCUUCUGUACACCGGUGCUGAGGAGUCUGGGUGGGGAGAGGGAGGCAGCAACUCCAAGGGUCGCUGGCGCAAGGGUACUCAGGCGCUGCAGGUGCAGCAGGGCCCCUCCGAGGCCAUCCCUCCUCAAACUCUUGCGGCUGUCAAGGAGGCUGCUUCGCACCUCGCGCCCGACCUUGCCCAGAAGUUGCUCGCCCAGUUCGUGCCCAAGCCUCCGCCACAGCCCCAGGCGACACCCCAGGCCGAGUGGCAACGUGCAUCUCAGGCCAAGAAGGCGUCCAAGGAGAAGCUCGACAAGGCCCUGGCGCGCCGCGCGGCGCUGGACAAGGAGGCCAGUGACUUGGACAAGCACCUUGACGAGCUCAUGGCGAGGGAUCUGGAGAACGCUGACAUUCUUGAGCAGGCCACUCGUAAGCUGGCCGUCGGUGUUCUCAAGCCUGCUGAGCCCAGUCCCAGCAAGAACGUCAUCUCCCUCGACGACCUCUUCAAGGACUCCGCUGAGAAGAUCAAGUUUGACUUUGGUGAAGAGCUGGACGUUUCGGGGCCAGCUUUUUCUGCCGAGGACCGCGAGGAAUUUGAGAAGUUCAAGCUUGAGCAGUCCCAGCAGGUCAAGACCCUACUGCACGGAGCGCUCACGAGCAUUAAGUCCCAGUACAAGACGCACCAGGAAGCGGACGCGGACGCCCAGAAGCCGAGCGCGGGCGCCUCGGACGCUGGGGCGCCAGCUGAGUCGGCCUUCGCCGAGCUGGUGCUGCCGCCGACUUUCAGCCGAAGGGCGGCCGGGUACCAGAGGGCCCGGGAAGCUGCGGCGGCGCUGCAGUCCGUGCCGUGGCACGGGGCAGGAGGGCCGCCCGGCAGGAGGGCCGCGUGGCUCGCCUGCGAGGCCGCCUGGGCGGAGGCAGUGCGGCUGCAGGAGGCCCGCGACCCGUUCGGUCACGUGGAGGCGAUCAAGACCAAGGAAGCCUGGAGGGAUUGGAUGGACGAGCCCGCCAGGGUCCUCGAGCAGCUCCAGAACGCGGAGUACAAGAUCACGAAGGCCUGGGACUUCCAGUGCAUCGUCUGUCGGGUCGUGAUGACCAGCGGCGCGAAGAGUCACCUGUGCGGUCAGAAGCACUGGAAGGAGCUCGCGAAGCAGGCCAGCCACGCGGAGCCCUGGAGCGUUUGUGGGCUGGAGACGCAGUGGGUACAGGCGUUCAAGGUCAGCGCGGUGGCGGUCACUUCCUGCUCAAUCACCUCACGGGCGAGGUCUCCUGGGAUGACAGCGGGCAGUUUGGGCGCGUGGCCGACGCAGCAACAGAGGCCAAGAGCACGCCAGCAGAGAAACCGGAAGCGUCCAGGGAGUCGGAGGUCCUCCUCAAAGCCGCGCUCGUCGAAUCAGCUGAUGUCGCGGCCCCCACAGGCUACAACGUCUUCGGCGGCUGGCAGUACUGGGGCGCCCACAGCCUCUUGGAUCCUUGCAGGCCCUGGGCGGACCAGAGUAGCCGCCACAAGUUCGGCUGGGACCGCAAGGUUCGCAACACCUGGUCGCUGGAGUGGAAGACCGGCACCUGGCUGCUGGUCCUCGGCUUCGUGGAUCGUAUGGAGGGGGGCCGCAAGCAGGAGAAGAUCGCAGGCACAGUCAACGGGAUCGAGUUUGAAGCAUGGAAAGGCGUCUUUCUUCACCGGGAGGUCGAGCUGGUGGUGA